UGCAUUGGUUGAUGGUAAGAAAAGAGGGUUGACCUUCACACUUCUGAGUGUCAGCCACCUACCUGUGGCAUUUCAUAUUCAUUCUCUGCCUUUGUCAGAUGUGGUGGGUGAGGCGAGGCGAGCAGCCGGAAUUCACUGUGACAUAUUUCCCCUAAAGACCGUCACUAGCAGCUCCAAGCAUGCUCACAGUGAAGGGUCUGAGUACAACGUUCUCCAUUGAUGGAUUGAGAGACUAUCAGCGCGCCUUCGCUCACACGCAUGCCAGCGAUCAGUGAGUCACUUCAGGAGCCGAGGAGCCGAGAAACACACCGGGGAGAAGUCAUCAGAGACCAUGAAGAGGUGGUGUGGACUGUCUGUGUUCCUCUGUGUCCUGUGGAGUCAUCUCUGCGAUAGAGGAGUCCAGGGAGAGGGAUGCCGCACUCAGCACAGCGGCUGCUGCGUCCUGUGUCACCCAGGUUAUUUCUUAAACAAAAAAUGUGGGCUGUGUCGGCCCUGCCCAUCCAACGGCUACAUGGACCACCCGAGCGCCGAACCGGACUGCAAGAGGUGUGAGAAGUGUGAAGGAAUUUUCGAAUACAGGUCAAACUGCAGCCCCACGAAGAACGCGUUGUGUAAAUGUAUCGCCGGCAAGAAGUGCGCCGAUGAAAAAUGCAGCCAGUGUGAAGACAACUCGUGUCCGGCCGGGACGCAGCUAAACGGAGAAGAUUGUGUGAAUUGCCCUUCCGGCACCUUUAACCCCGGCUGGGAAGGAAGCUGCCGGCCCUGGAAAAACUGCUCAGAAAUAAACGCCGUCAUUUAUGUCAACGGGACGAUGACAUCAGAUGUGGUCUGCCUGCCCAAACCUACACAGACCCCGCCCACAUCUCCCGCCGUCGCCACCACAACCCCACAAGACCUUCCAUCCUACAAUCAGAGCGUCAUCAUAGUCGUCGUCUCCGUCGUUUGCGUCAUUAUCGCCUUCAUCGCGGUCUUUUGGUGUCUGUCGAAAAGAUUGGAAAGGAUCAAAAAUACGUUCGUAAAAAUUAAGCACACAGAACAAGAAGACGCUUGUAGCUGUCAUUACCCGGAGGAGGAACAUGGCGGAGAAGAAGAGACCUUGUCAUCGGAGCCGUGACCCGGCCGACUCUCGGCGCCUUCCUUUUUCUGUACCGGCUGACUUUUGGAUUCAGGGUUACGUGAUGAGCGCAUCGCGGAGGAAACGGCUGCUAUGACAAUGAUCGGGAGGACUGGUGUGAGGCGAGGCCUGCUGAAAAAAUCUGGAACACUGCCCAGGGGCCCUAGACGUUCUAAUCCUCCUGACUGCCCAGGGGCCCUAGACGUUCUAAUCCUCCUGAAUGCUGAGGGGCCCUAGACGUUCUGAUCCUCCUGAAUGCUGAGGGGCCCUAGACGUUCUAAUCCUCCUGAAUGCUGAGGGGCCCUAGACGUUCUGAUCCUCCUGAAUGCUGAGGGGCCCUAGACGUUCUAAUCCUCCUGAAUGCCGAGGGGCCCUAGACAUUCUAAUCCUCCUGAAUGCUGAGGGGCCCUAGACGUUCUAAUCCUCCUGACUGCCCAGGGGCCCUAGACGUUCUAAUCCUCCUGAAUGCUGAGGGGCCCUAGACGUUCUAAUCCUCCUGAAUGCUGAGGGGCCCUAGACGUUCUAAUCCUCCUGAAUGCUGAGGGGCCCUAGACGUUCUAAUCCUCCUGAAUGCUGAGGGGCCCUAGACGUUCUAAUCCUCCUGAAUGCUGAGGGGCCCUAGACGUUCUAAUCCUCCUGAAUGCUGAGGGGCCCUAGACGUUCUAAUCCUCCUGAAUGCUGAGGGGCCCUAGACGUUCUAAUCCUCCUGACUGCCCAGGGGCCCUAGACGUUCUAAUCCUCCUGAAUGCUGAGGGGCCCUAGACGUUCUAAUCCUCCUGAAUUCCCAGGGGCCCUAGACGUUCUAAUGCUCCUGAAUUCUGAGGGGCCCUAGACGUUCUAAUCCUCCUGACUGCCCAGGGGCCCUAGACGUUCUAAUCCUCCUAAAUGCUGAGGGGCCCUAGACGUUCUAAUCCUCCUGAAUUUUGAGGGGCCCUAGACGUUCUAAUCCUCCUGACUGCUGAGGGGCCCUAGACGUUCUAAUCCUCCUGAAUGCUGAGGGGCCCUAGACGUUCUAAUCCUCCUGAAUGCUGGGCCUGAGUCUAUCUGUGGAACACGAUGGAGGUCUUGUCCUGGGCGACUCCUCGUUUCUCUGAUGGAGGACUUCGUAUCUCAAGUGGUGACCGGCCAACCGUAGAUCUCAAUUCGAUCAUCUCUGAUAUAUGGAAAUUCUCCUGUUGACUUGGAGUCCAUGUAAAUUUUGUUCUGCAUUUGUGAAGAACAUUCUUAUGGCAUUCAAUGGAAGAAGAUCUUUCUUCAGAGUCCCCCCCCCCCCCCACGGCUGCAGAAGAAAGUUAUCUCUUGAUACUGGUGACCCGGUGACACGUUACCAUUGUCUUUACUGAUUUGGCACAGAUUUGGGAGGACAACCACUAAGCACUGACUAAUAGACUUGACUGGUUGAUACAUGGGGUGUUUCCCGAUGUGGGCCGGAUCCAAAGACGUUGGGCACACCUCUUAUGUUUGUAGAUAUCUUUUGGAAAAAGUGCUUUAAAGUGGAAGUAAACCCUCCUAUCGUUUUCAGCCAAGGAAGCCGCCAUCUUGGCCUCUGUUUGAUCUUCAC